AUGGCAGAUAGUCAUCAGCCAGAGGAGCACUGGGCCUCUAACGGUCAAGAGAACGGCGAAAAUGGCUACUCUGCCUACAGCUAUGGGGAGAAUGGAUACCACGGUGGGGCAGCUGCGCAUCCUAGUGCAACAGUGGAUGACUCAGCCAAUUUGCCUCCCUCCCCUCCUCCCUCUCCAUCCGCUGAGCAGAUGGGGCCAGCGGCACAAGAUAAAGUAGAACCUUUCCGUGCUUUCUCUGCGGAGGAGCAACAGCAUGAUGAGGAUGUGGAGGAAGUUGGCAGUUGGCAGGAGGACGUGGCAAGUGAACAACCAGGCACCCAGCUCUUAGAGCAGAAAGAUUUAGUAGCUGAAGCACAGGUUUUUGGCUGUGAGCUAGCCCAAGCACCUGAAGUGAUCAAUGGAGGAAGUCAUCGCAGAGAGCACAGUCCGUCAAAAGCAGGCGUCCUCCCUUGUCCCUCCCUGCAGAAGAUGGACUGUGACAACACGAGACACAAGUCUAUGCCCCCGAACAUGGGGGCUCUGGUGGAGAGAUCACUGGCCAAGCUCACCCUUGGAGAAGAGGCUUUAAAACUGUUGGGUGAAGAAAGAGAGCUAGAGGAGUUGAACUUCUGUAUCUUUAAUGAGUGCUCCGGGCCAAUGCCUUCUCCUGCUGACAAACCGAGUCCAGAGGACUGUUCUUACCCUUGUUUCCCUACUAUGGAGUUCCAAGUGGAUACGCUUGGAACUGCUGGAGUGGAUGAUGAUCAGAAAUUUCAAGAUAAAGUAUGUAAUCAUGGAAUAUGGCAAAAAUCACCCUCACGGGCAAAGAUUAUUGAAAAGGCUGUGACAGUUGGAAUAAAACCAGAUCGGCUCAGAAUUCCAUUGACCGGCCCAAAGGACAGACUUUCUGAGUUUCGUUAUGGAAGCGUGCUACCCACUGACAUAAAAAUCCAAGCAAUUCCUGAAGUAGACAUUGAAAAAGACCCAUCAAGAGAGGCCUCUCCUAUUCCACCAGACAAUGUCUUCAUAUUUACAUCUACAGAAAUUGAAGCUAAGGUCCCUGUCACUCUUACGUCAUCCAAAAGCUUAGAUAGUACCUCCCGAGAAACACAACUUUCUGGAGAGAUUCCAAGGGGUAUCUCAUCUGAAGCUGUAGCGAAAAGCAUGCCUAGAGCAUUUACUUGGGAACAGAAGUUGCCCGGAGAUCCCAGGACAGAAGCCAGGUCAGAAACAAGAAAUAAGGAAGAGAUCCCUAAAGCCCUAAAGCCCUCUGAUGGAAUAAGUACACUCUACUUACAGGAAGGCUCACCAAAGCCACAGUUUCCCUCUCCAGUCAUAAUUAUACCUCAAACACAAGGAGAAGAGGAUGCUAUAGAAACUAUUGAAGUGUGUGUGCUCCCUCAACUGGAUCAGUCUGAACCAAAACUGCUUGAAGAGGGUCAGGCGAUCAAGGAAAAUGUCACUGUUUGGCAACCUGAUUGUGACAACCCAUUGUUGCAGUCACAAAUGGGUAACAAAGGGGAGAUUUUUAGUCAGGAUAAGGUAAUUGAAGUCAAAAAGGAUACCGAGAUGCAAGAUGAUCAGUCUGGUAUGGAAAUAGACGCCACCACUCAAGCUGCUAAUGAUUGCUCUACAGUGGAAAUCUGCAUCUGUGAUAAAGACAGUAGCUGGAUUGAUUCAAAAGCUACAGAUGAAGACAAAACUAUCACGACAAAGCAAAUUGGAGCCCUUCGGUCAAACCAGAGUGCCACCCAUUGUCUACUCGGGGUACAGACACCCUCUAAACGGUUCCCUGGAAGAGGCAGUAAAGUGUCACGCAAAAGUCCCAGCUUUCGUCCUAAAGAGGAGCUGAAGAAGAAAAAAGUAGGCGUGGUGAGGAGGGCGGACCAGAAUAAGGUCUCUGCCUUCCAGAUUCGAAAAAAUGUAGCCAAAACUGCGGCCAGACAUCCUCGGCCAGCUCUGCUUCACGGUUCGGCUAGACGCAAAGCCGCAGGUGAACACUUGUCGUCGGGAUUUUGCACCAUGGAUAGAGAGAGUGCAACUAAUUGCGUUUCUGAGAGCUCCCAGCCUUUAAGUGUCCACCAGUCCAGGGAGAGACCCUCUGAGCGCUCAUACCGUAGUCCGGAGAAGAGGUCCUCCCUCCCCAGGCCGUCCAAAUCACUGACCCGCCACCUUCCUGCAGCUGAACAAGAAGACAACAGCACUCCCUGCAGGCCAACCUCCAUCAGCACCGAUGCCAAGGCUGACUGCAGGUCUGUGAGGGGCCCUAGUAUGGCAGGCGCGGACACUGCACGUUCACGGUCAGCCCGUAGUGGCACUUCUACCCCUGGAUCCUCCGCAGUCACACCCGGCACGCCUCCCAGUUACUCCCGCACGCCCGGCUCUCGCACACCCGGCAGUCACACACCCAAGUCCUUCAGUGUUCUCCAGGAAAAGAAGGUUGCGAUCAUCCGCACCCCGCCCAAGUCACCAUCUUCAGCGCAGCGGCAGUUGAAGGUUCUCAACCAGCCUCUGCCUGAUCUCAAAAAUGUCAAGUCGAAGAUUGGAUCUACCUCCAAUCUUAAACACCAACCCAAAGGUGGACAGGUCAUGAUUCCAAGUGUUAAACUGGACUAUAGCCACGUCCAGGCGAAAUGUGGCUCCCUGAAUAAACUCCAGCAUUCCCCAGGUGGAGGAAACGUUCAAAUCCAGACCAACAAAAUCGACUUAAGCCACAUCACCUCCAAAUGUGGUUCUAUGUCAAACAUCCGCCACAGGCCAGGUGGAGGCAACAUCAAGAUUGAGAAUGUCAAACUGGACUUUAAAGACAAAGCUCAAUCUAAGGUCGGCUCACUGGACAACGCCAGCCAUACACCUGGAGGCGGGAAUGUUAUGAUUGAGAGCCACAAGCUGACAUUCCGGGAGUCCGCCAAAGCGCGGGUGGACCACGGUGCGGAAAUCGUUGUCACCCACUCCCCAGGGCUGGAAAUGGGAGGCACCUCGCCUCACUUGUCCUCUGCCGGCAGCCUAAAUCUCCUGGAGUCGCCACAGCUUUCCACUCUGGCCCAAGAUGUCACCGCCGCAUUGGCAAAACAGGGUUUAUGA